CAGACGAUACAGUACUUGUUUGUUUCUCUGUCUGACUGUGGUCAGAGUCAGGAAGUGGGUUGAUUCAGAGCCAGUACAGACGACAGCAUCAAGAUGGAGAUCACGUCCUUCUACCCUCUGAUGUCAGCCAUACUGAGCAUCCAGCCGGACCGGACGCAGUUCUUUCGCUACGAGAAGCUCAGUGUGAGCUGCUCCGCGUCGGGGAACGUCGUGGCCUGGACAGUGAAGAGGAACGUGUCGACUGGGUCUGACCUUUCAUGCGGCGCUGACUGGGGCCGCUGGGAUGGAUCCCAGUGCCUCAUUCGCAGCCUGUACCCAGCAGACACUGGGCUUUACUGGUGUGAGUCUGAGUCUGGGGAGAGCAGCGACGUCCUCAGCAUCACGGUGAAUGCCGAUGACGUGAUCCUGGAGGUUCCGUCGCUUCCUGUGAAGGAGGGAGACACAGUGACUCUUCGCUGUUCACACAAGCAAAGACAUGCAGCGUUUUCCACCUCAGACUUCAAAGCCACCUUCUAUAAAGACGGUGUUUUCAUUGGGACGGAGCCUGAAGGAACCGUCCUGCUUCCGUCCGUGUCCACAUCGGACCAAGGUUUCUACAGGUGUGAGCAUCCGUCAAAGGGGAAGUCGCCUCAGAGUCACCUCAGAGUCACAGGAGACGUCCAAGUCACACAUCGUUUCCAGACCAUUCGCUCGUCGUUCCUGUCUCCGUCUACGAUCGCGUGCGUCGUCCUGCUGCUCGUCCUCUACACACUCGUUAUAAUAGUGUGUGUCUACGGGUUCGUGAGGUGGACGCGAGCUCGAAGGGAAAACAGACGAGCUUCAGUCGGUCGUCUCAUAUAAGAACGAAGAGGAGAACGAUGAUGAAGAAAAAGCAAAAUGUUGUUUUUGUUCUUCAGUGUUUUUAUUGUUUAUGAUAAUAAUAACUGUCGCACUGGAUAUUUACUAUUUCUGUAUUAAAUCAGUAAACAACACACACACACACACACACACACACACACACACACACACACACACACACACACACACACACACAAUGAGAGAAGAGAGUUAUUACAAUAAAAUCUGUUAUCAACAAUUCUAAUGAGAACCUUGAAGUUACAGUUCAGGCUGAAGGUUCUGGUCUGAUUCUUAUUCCUGCUGUGUUUCUGCUUUGAUCUUGUUCAGCUUGUCUGACCAGAAGAGCCGCUCGUCCAAAAAAAGAUCCUUGUGCUACAAAAAGUAAAACCCUUCAUGACAAGAAAUGAAAAUAAAACAUGUUUCAUGUUUUUAA